AUGAAUCGAACGACUUUUCUUGCGUUGGUUGGCUUAAUAUCUGUGUAUGGAACCGACGCCUUUCUUCCACCCGAGGAAGUUUCGCUCUCUCCCAAGACUUGGUUCCAACGAGAUCUCCAGAGGUUAGAGGAGCUUUCUCUUUAUAACUCACAGCGACGUCCCAAACCAUUGGCUUUUAGCAGUGGGAAGGGGUUGGUGGCUGGAAGUGGAAAUGCCCUUGCAGUCCAUGCUGGAAAAGAGGCUCUCAAAAAAGGAGGCAAUGCGAUGGAUGCGUGCUUGACGACUGCUCUCACAGGUAGGCAGUUUAUACACACAAGUGGUUGAUGAAACACUCAUAAAAAGUUAGGUACAAAUCAUAACCAUCCUUAUACAAAUUUUUCUAACAAUUUUUUCGCUUCAUAGUUUAAAAAAGUUCUUUUUGGGACUUAAAAUUUGGUCUAUGCGCUUACCUGUUAGCUGAGUGCAUUUGAUCCGGAGAUGAGAUUUUGAGAUCCGUGUUUCUUGCGCCAUAAAACAUUUUGUGUUCACUUAGGAUCUCUCUAAAGAGGCUUAGCUAUGAGAGGAUUAGUUAAUUGUUCGGUACACUACUUACUUACCCAACGUUAAGUCUGUCUGUCUUCAUUUCUGCACGAAGUAAAACCUAAUUGUUAUCUUUUGACAAAGUCAGUACUCAGAGAAAUUUAAAGACUUGUGGGCGAUUUUUUUUUUUUUUUUUUUUUUUUUUGCUGUUUUGCAACAUGGAUUAAACAAAACAGAGAUUGUUUGAAUUUGAGAAAUAUUUCAGAUAAGAGUCUGACGCACUUUGAUCGAUGGCUAAGAGCUACAGGCCGCUGUAAAGCACGUAUAUAUGUACACUUAGAGACACUUGACCAGAUAAGAACAGUAAAACGUCAAAAGUUAUCACGUUUUAACGAAAUCAUUUUCCCGUGAGUUUCCACUUGCCGGCAUCACUUGGUUUUUCCCCCACACAAAGAUAUUAUUGUCAAAGCGUAGAUCUUUGUGGUGAUGGCUUAAGUAUUUUGUGGUUUGGAGUUAACAAAUGAUGAAACAGUCUCUUACAGGGGAAUCUAAGUAAUAAAAAAGAAUAACGAUGACUCUGUUUUAUCUCACGUGUUUUUUGGACCGAGAAAAGUUUCAAACAUCUGCAGCGUUGUUCCUUUACUCUAAAGCACAUUAUGUUCCUGCAAUGGUAAUUAGAAAUAAAAGACAAGAACCUUGAAGAUAAUUUUCUAAGCUGGAAUUUUCUCGUGAUUUCUUUUAUCAUUAGAACGUAAACGCAAUUACAAUUAAACAGACCACUGAUCGAAGUAAAUUGAUUUCCUGGGCGUUAUAUAACUUAAAUGAUAUCUGAUUGAUCAAUCUGCAAGAUUUAAUUACAAUCUCCGAUGAUAAUUUGCAAAACACAUUCACGAGUCGUUGUCAUACAUCUCGGUGUUAUAUAACAAACAACAAAUAUUUACUGUGGAUUGCCCUCGUCUCUGGACACGAGACACUCACCCUUCAAUAGAGAAUCAAUUUUCCUCACUGUCGCCACACAUUUUCAGUUACUGCAGCUGGUUACCGAGGGAUCGUGGUAGAGGAUAAAAGUGAGCAUCGUGGUUCUUAAACAUGAUAGAGUUUGGAUAAAUGAGAGUAAGCUGGGUUUUAAUAACUUUUUCUACCAGACAAGUAAUUUUUGUAAGCGGAGGUAGACUGCCAGUAACCAGCCUUUGUUAAAACCUCACAUUUAGGAUAAAAGACAAGAAAAUCUAAGUUUUCCUCGGAAUCCGGAAAAACUGAAGACCGGAACAAAAUUUGCAACUGUGUUGGGCAGUAGCGACCAGAAAUAAGGAUUGAUGAGUUGCAAACUUGAUCAUUUAAAUCCGGUUGAGAGGAAAUGAAGUUAAGUCGCAAAUUUUCAAUUAUUUAUUUUUUCUCGUUAUUUGGAGUUUCUGAAAACUGUUGUCGUUAAUUGGAAGGAAACUCCUUAAAAAUUGGUUCGCAAGGACAAACACCAAAGUUAAAAACUUUAACAAAACUUAAACGAACUGAGAUUAUUAACCCUGAUUCCAAAAGCAAAGGAUGGGGUGACGGCGAAUGUUACCUUUCUUGGUAUUACAAAUUGCCUUUAAACCCGUGAUCGUGCAAGGGUUUUUUUGUUUUUUUGUCGUUGUUUUUUUUUCCAGUUUCAGCCCUUUGACACGAUGAAUAAAUUAUCGUGUCAAGGGAACUUUAUCGUAGUUAUAUCACCAGUUCAUUAGUAAGAUCAUCAUUCCUCAACUUCUGCAGAUUGGCUCUGGUAACUCCAUCUCGUGACUAGAUGUCAACGAUUUCUCUGAGAUCCCCAAAAACACGCAACAUCUUUUGCAGAUAUUUUUCUCAGUGAAAAUUGCAUUUAGAAAUACAAGUCGACUUAACGGCUUUUGCACAUGGUCCUCUAUGCUGGUCUUAUUUAAUAAUAACUGAAAUUGAGGUUCGGCGCUGAGGACGGUCAUGUCUCCUUAAUUCUAGCCUACGGAAGCUACUUUAAAUGUACAGUUUUACAUGGACUUUUUCUGAGUCACGUCGUCUUCAGUCUAAAAGAACCAAUCUGGGACUGAUUAGCUAGAAUAUUUGCAAUGUGAUACUAAACGAUGGUACUUACGCGGCAGAUUGUUUCGAUUAGACGCAAAUAGGGACCAAAAUAAAGUGACAUAAGAAAGAAUCAGUUAAAAAUGUUGUCUCCGCUCGAUUUACUUGUUGCUUCAAAGAGACACGCGAAUAUUGUGCGCUUUGUACAAACAGAGGUCUUUUUUCUCUGAGGUCAGUAGCGUGGGUGAAAUCUGUUUCUGGUGACAGUUUUUGGAAAGGCGUUUCUCACGAAAGAUAAUCGAUAACACGGUGACGAUGAGAUAUAUCGUUUCGUUUGAUUCCUGGCUAAUGACAUGAUUACUCAGCGGUGGCCUUCACUUUCUCAGUAAUUAACGACCUUUAAUUUAUAUGAAAUAAAUACACUCUCGAGAAAGACAUCGAGGAAUUUAUCCGUUUAUAAAAAGAAACCAACCAUAGAUGGGGGAUCCCAAUCAAAAACCAGUUCAUGUCCAAGAAGAGUUCUCUUUAAAGAGGCACAAAAGUAUGGGCCGUGCCACAGAGUGCUUUCAGCCCCCUGUUGGCUUAAAUUUGCACCUAGGACAGGAACAUGUGGGUUUGAAAUCAGAAACUUAGCAACAUUUUUCACUUUCGGGAAUAAAGACGCAACUUUAUUCAAGCAGUUCAACCGGGGAACGACAGAUUUGCUAAUAUCACAGAGAAUAGCGAAAUCAAUUCAAAACUGAGCAACAGGAUCGAAGGAUACACACUAAUUCUUUAACUUAGAAAAGUGCCAUAUUUGAUUGAUUAAGACUUGCAAGAUUAUCUGAUACACAAUUUUUGUAAGAGGUAUCAUCGACUAAAUUUCUGCUCGGUGCGUAAUUUCGUGGACACGACUUUCUGAGCUAAGAGCAGGCUUUAUCUCGAGCAUUACGGUACUCAAGAUGAUUUUGCCGGAUUAAGGACCAGAUUUCAUGUGCAGAGCAUGGCUGGAAGCAGGAGAGCAUAAGUUCUCACAAAUCGGACGCAGUCAAGUGACGAACAGAUAAGCGUUCUUUGUCAUUGAUUUUUCCAUCUACCAGCCAACUCCCCGGUUUCGUUCCCACCAAAAGCUAAAUUUCGUUUGCUGUUAUGUGAAGCUUUGUCAGUGAAUUUCACUGCUCUUCUAAGAGGUUUAAAAUGGUUCCUUGCAUUAUCCAUUUUGACAGCUGUAUAUGUGGACACCAGAUAUUUUGCAUUCGAUGUGCAUUUGUCAAAAGCCUGCCUUAUCAAACUGAAGUUUAAUUAGGAUCAUGAGUAAGGACAGAUGAACUUUCAUUUCCAAUCAUCGGAUUUUUCUUGUAGCCAAAUGUACCAGCUGAUUAUUUUUUAAGUCUCAUCGUUGAAAGAAAAGAUUCCAAAGCAGUGACCGACAUCAAAUUUCCAGUACUUUUCAUAGGUUUGAUUCCUCUCACACUGUAAACACGUUGACGAGUAUAGCUGCAAACCCGUGGCUAUUCCGUAAUCAUCCCGUAACCAUCAUGCUACACAACGGGCACUUGGAGGCAUCAUUGUCUCUCAUAUCAGUGAAACCAGUCAAGAGUUUUAUUGCCUUUUAGACCAGUUCUCUCUGGUCCGGUCCGGUCUCUUCAGGCUGCUAGCGCGAGCCCAUUUUCUGGACAGCGGUUGGUAAUCAAGCUUUAUUAUGAUUCAGGUUUUCAUCUACAAUUUAAUAUUGUUUCAUUUUCUACAGAGAUCACUCUUGCAGCUGGAUCACACGUGUCUUAUGCCGGAGCAGCCAACAUUUUGUACUAUGACAGCUCUACUGGGGUCACUUACAACCUAGAUGCAGGCUGGAACAAGCCUUACUACGUAGACCCUGCCCAGAUUCCUGAACAUCAUUCCGAGCUCGGUAACGGAGCCGCCGUUCUAGUGCCAGGUCUCGUCGCAGGCGUCUCUACGGCCUCAGAGAAGUUUGGUUUAUUUCCGUUGUCUAAACUGUUGCAACCGGCGUUGUACUUUGCCACCAGAGGAUUCAAACUCCCCUCUGACCUGGCAGAGGAGAUGAGCAAAAACUAUAAUCAGAGAGGCCUCCUGCGCACCAAGGAAGGUAUGGCGUUUGGUUUGAAGCGAUUUGUACAGGCGAGACGAUCUAGUUGUUCCUCUCUUAGUGAACGGUGUACUUAAGCGGUCAAGUGACCUUUCAUAAGAUACCAAAAAGAGAAGGACCCUUACCUUGGCAAGACGUUUUAAGCUAUUUACAGUUUUGUUCGUAAUUCAUUUGAGCAAGGAACAGGACGUGCAUAUCCAGGCUGUAUCUUCAUGUGGGAGAAUUUUUUCAUCUGUUGAAUUGAGACCGACAAAGUAGGGAACCCAAAUACUCACAGCUGCAAAUUGUACCUGCAUCUAUAAACUAGGACUUUUUGUAAAACUUUAUCAGUUUAAAGUAAACUGAUAUCUUGUAAAUUAUCUUCGAAAAGAAAAGAACAAAAAGAGAGAAGGUCAGCCACAACUUAUAUUGAUGUCGUGUCCUGUAGGAGGGGGGCAUUGGGAUUUUCGAUUUUUGCUGUUUUGGCUAUUUUCAAGAUCGGUUUUUCGGUUUUUGUGCCAAAACACUUCGGUUUUUCGGUUUUGGUGUUCAUUGCGGUUUGCUGAUUUUCCAUAUUUUAGCAUUUGGUUUUCGGUUUUCGCGAAAAAUAUUAACGAGUUUUCAGAUUUGAUAUUCGAUGCGGUUUUAGGUUUUCAUAUUUGACCUAUUUGGGUUCCGCUUUCUCUUCAUUGAUCUCGAAUGGCAGCUAAACGCAAAUGUUAUCGAGAGAAAUGUGUGACAAACCAAUUAAAAUAUCGUAGGGAUCCCUAGGUAGCCUACGUGUAGCCGUACCCCCUCCAAGGUUGGGGGGGAGGGGAGGGUACGGUUUUCUCGUUGGGUACGGCUUAGCACAGAACAUUGCCAGAGUUUCUUUAUCAAUGCCACCUCGAAGUUGGUGACCAAGUUACAGGCCACACGUGACUGAUUGAUUCAACAUUCCAAUAGAAUCUCCAAACUUUCAGGUCUUAGUUCGCAAAUGGAAAUGUUAGAGCUAUAGCUUUUUGCGACUGCAAAAUUGCAAUCAUAUAGAGGACUUUUGUGCGAAUUUCCUUAAUUCAAUUAGGCUCCAUCACCAGCUGCUGAGUCCGCAAAGACUGCGAUCGAGGUCCUCGAGAGAGCAACUGUUAAUUUAAGCAGAUACUAGAAGAUACGAAUGCCAAGUCCGUGGCAUUCAUAAAUCCUGUAAUGAAAUAAGUGUAAUUAACUCUGUAUGCUCCACUUGGCAGCACUGUAUCGGAUCGAUCAGGGUUUUAACAACUGGGAUGUAAAAAUGUAUCGGUUUUGACAGUUUUGCAGGCGGUUUUCGGUUUUGAUCGAAUUUUUUUUCGGUUUUUCGGUUUUGGAUGAUUUUUUCUACGGUUUUGCGGUUUCUAAUAGGCCCCACUACCCCCUCCUGUAGUACAACCUUUAUAAUUGGUUUAUAAUGACUGACAUUUCUUCCUUUAUAGGAAAAAAUACUUUCACUAACCCCAAAACAAAGAAAGUCUACAAAGCUGGCGAACGAUUCAGGCAACUUAAGUUGGGAAAAUUUCUUAAACGCCUCUCCAGAUAUGGAAAGGAAUACUUCUACCGUGGUCCCUGGGCUGAAGAAAUGGUUGAGACGGUUCAACGUCACGAAGGCUACAUUACGAUGGAAGACAUGACUCAGUAUAAGGUGACAUCACCUGAGCCCACGAGAACUUUGUACCGAAAGCAUCACGUGGUGACGACAGGCGCGGAAUUGGGAGGCGCUGAGCUGGUUGAAAAGUUAAAUUUAAUGCAAUUGGCAGGAAUCGGAGAAUCAACCGACUCUUACCUUACAAACGCCACGAAACUGUUCUGGCUAGCUUCCAUAACACGUCUUAGUUCGUUUGUUACCUUUUUCGCACAAGAAGUUCCUAAUGGGAAACAACUGCUCAAAGAUCAUCUUGGAAUAACUGCCGAUUACUCUUAUCGGAAAACAAAGGACUCUGCUGAGGAGCUAUGGGACAAAAUCGCCUCAUUCGAGAAGAUGAAAGAUGUCAACGACGUCAUGCGAGAAUUGCUGGCAAGUGUUGAGAUGGACAUGGAACAGCAUCGGCGCGGCUCGUCUGGCGUAGUCGCAGUGGACAGUGCUGGCAACGUUUGCUCGCUCUCGCAUGGCACCGAUGGUGACGCUUGGGGAACAGGCUUGUUUGUGCAUGGAGUAAGUCUCCCCAGCUCUGGAAUUGCAUUGAAGACGCAAGUAAAGAGGACCAAUAAUGGUGGAAGAAUAACGUCGGGAUUCCAACCUGUGAUUAUCUUUAAAAAGGAAACUCGGCAAGUCGAUGAAUUUGGCAGAAGGCUCAGACGAGACAUUUCUGCAGCAACGAAGAACAAAAAGCGACUUGCCUCUAGGAGGAAAGGUUUCUCAAACCUCCAGAAGAACUGGGGAGAAGAGCCACAAAAACUAGUGGUUUUCAAAACAUACAAUAAAGUCAGAUCUCAAUUGUUCCAUCAAUCGCAAAGAGACAAGUCAGAAAAACGUUAUCAGUUUGGACGCGAAGAGGAGCCUGUAGAUGAACUUGAAGAAAAAGAAUAUCCAGAUGUUGAUUCUAAUUUCCGAACCAACGAGAUACCUUCCGAUUCCAAUGAACCAAAUUAUGAAAGAGAGAGAACGGAUCUACCCAUGGAGGUCAAUGAUAAAUUGAAGUCGCCAAUGCAUAUUGAGCCAUACGUUCCACCAACUGAAGAACUCGAGGAGUUUGAGAAACCACAUCUUAGAUUACAUCGUCAUCACCCCAACGAAGAAGAAGAUUCUGAUAUCAAUGCAAUUCCUAAGAUCAGCCAGGGAGAAGAAGAAAGAGAAGAAAGUGAAAAGGAAAAGGAGGAGAGAGAAGAAAGCGAUAAGGAAGAGGAAAUCAUAGAAAGAGGACGGAAAACUGAAGACGAAGAGUCUCAAGAGAAGGACGGCUUUAACAAAGAAGUCAAAGAAUUUCCGCAUCUUGGAAUUCCCGACAUGUGGAAAUCAGGGAGUCUUCCUGACAAAGAAGCCACCUCCAUGCUGCACUCUGGCCCCUUGGUGCCCGUGUUAGCUCUGACUUCCACCGGUCCCUCUCAAUCAUUUGUUAUUCCGCAGUAUUUAACAAACAUUUUGGACAGUGGAAUGAAUCCUAAGGCAGCUCUGGAAGCUCCAACAUUUCUGACUCCGAGUCCUCAUUCUUUCCAGCAGGAUAUUCAAGUGGAAAAGUUUACCAUUGAAGAUCAUGUCUUGAUGGACGUUACCGAGUUCGGACAACCCGUGUCUGAGGUGGAUUCUCAGACCACUGAGGAAAUGGCUGGAAAUGGAGCGGCUCUUACAGUUAAGGACGGCAGGAAAAUGCUUGGCUGUACACAUCCAUCCAAGGCCGGCUUCGCAGAGGGGGUCUCGGCACUAGAAGGCUGGUGAAGGAUUCGCCAAUCUGGAGUAGUCUCGUGUCAUCAAAGGCAGAAUGCCUCUCUUUCGAUAUUUAAGUCGUAUCAUUAAUACUUUUCUUCUCGAAACUUAUGAUACUAAGUAGGACCAGCUCAACUUUUUUUCGGGGUAGAAAUAAAUAGCCAGACCUUGAAGGUAUUCGCCUGACGGCAUUUUACUAUUGCGACUGCCUAUCAUCUUACUGACGAUCGUUUGGCAUUUAGAACAUUGAACAGCUAAGAAGUGAAAGAAAAUAACAGAGAAACCGUAAGAAAGUUCAUAAAAUCCUUAAUUUAAAUUUGCAAUGAUUUCUGAAAAGUCAGCAAACUUGCACUACGUGGGGUAUAUUUUGACUUCAGUUUUUUCUAAUUUCUUAUUUUUUUUGUACGAUUUAGAGCAAACAUUUCAUAGAACCUUUUUUGUAAGCUCUUUACGUCACCAUUAGUCAAAGCUGAGUAUCAAGGUCAGCCUGAUUUGCAGACGCAGAGUAGUUUCUUCCAGUUUCCCAGGGAAAAAGGAAGGCCAAAACAAGAUAAUGCAUUUGUAAUGCUGUCCAAAAAAGUGGUCGAGGGACUCGCUCGUUUAAGUAAAAUCGUUAAUGAAAAAUGCUUCUUAGCCUUCUUUUUUUAAGAUUG